UUUUCUGACCCAACCAACCCAACCUCCUUGGCUGUCCGCGCUCCCAUGAUGCCUCGGCGCUUCGGUUGUGCUUCGGUUGUAGGUUUAGAGUACUGACGCCAUAAUGGCAAACAAGGACCAGGGUAACGACUGUCAGCCACGUACGCUGUACGUCGGGAACCUCGACACCGCCGUCACCGAGGAGCUCUUGCUGGCCGUCUUUGGACAGAUGGGGCUAGUCAAAGGUUGCAAGAUUAUUCACGAGCCCGGCAACGACCCGUACUGCUUCGUCGAGUUCACCGACCACCAGUCCGCGGCGUCUGCCUUGCUGGCCAUGAACAAGCGACUCUGUUACGGCAAGGAGAUGAAGGUGAACUGGGCCACGUCACCAGGAAACACCCCAAAGCUCGACACUAGCAAACACUAUCACAUUUUUGUUGGAGACCUGAGUCCUGAAAUCGAGACAACUCAACUGCGGGACGCCUUUGCACCUUUUGGCGAGAUCUCGGACUGCCGGGUGGUGCGGGACCCCCAGACGCUCAAGUCCAAGGGCUACGGCUUCGUCUCGUUUGUCAAGAAAGCGGACGCCGAGAAUGCCAUUGGCACGAUGAACGGCCAGUGGCUGGGCAGCCGAGCCAUCCGCACCAACUGGGCGACGCGCAAGCCCCCCGCCAACCGCACACAAGCGGAGGUGGACAUCUCGACAAGCACCAAGCCCCUCACCUUCGACGAAGUCUACAACCAGUCGAGUCCGAGCAACUGCACCGUCUACUGCGGCGGCAUCACCCAGGGGCUCUCGGAGGAGCUAAUGCAGAAAACAUUCAACACCUACGGUGCCAUUCAGGAGAUCAGAGUUUUCAAGGAUAAAGGCUAUGCGUUUGUUAGGUUUGCUACCAAAGAGGCGGCGACACACGCCAUUGUGGCGACGCACAAUUCGGACGUGAACGGCCAGACGGUCAAGUGCUCGUGGGGCAAAGAGGCUGGCGACCCGAAUAACCAGCAGCAGCCUCAAGUGAGUCCAGGAGAGGUGAACAAGCAUCCCUCCUGGCCAGAACAGCGCAACCGCUCGUCUCCUGGGGUGAUGACCGUUGAUUGGGGAGCGCCGCUGGCCACGGCCUUGUCGGAGGCGGGGCCGGGCGUUGACGCGAGACGACUUCUUUCUUCGCAGAACCUGGCGACGCAGUACUCGUACCCGUACCAGCAGAUGGGAUACUGGUACCCCCAGGCAGCAGCGGGCUACCCGCAAGUGCAGGGCCAGUUCAUGCAGGGGGUGCAGUACCCGUACAGCCAGUACUAUGGCCAGGGCUUCGGGGGCGUGGGCAUGCAGAUGGCUUGGCAGGGGCUGCCCGGCCAGCCGCCCGUGGCCGCACAAACGGCCAUGGCCCAGGGCCUGCAGCAGCCCGGCAUGAUCGGCGCCUACCCUAUGCAACAGUACCAGGCCCAGUAGGCAGAGCAGGACGCAAGCCUCCCAGGGAAUGGUGCCUUCUGCCGCAGCGUGCACCACAACCCUGCAUCUCACCCAGAUGGUUCCUCUCUCUCCACGCUGCUGUGGGGCGGAAACAAAAAUUAUACAUAUAUAUAUAUACAUAAAACAUAUAUACAUAUAUAUAUAUAUAAAAAAAAAAAACUGCAUAAUUUUGCCACCCCAUUUCUCUGUAGUUUGGUAGAGCGAGUCAUUGUAUACAAGGUAGGCUGUUUCCAAUUGUAGUCUGGACGUGACUGCGGGGCCUGUGUAUGCCAGUUGUUUCUCGAGUUGGCACGCAUUCCCAUUCCUGGGAGUCUGGCCGGAGGCUGGGGGAGCCUGUGUUUGGGGGUGGCGGUCGAAACGCCAGUGCCGUGUCUGCAUCGACGGUGUGCCCCGGGGGACUGUGGGGGCCCCGACCGCCGGAGGGGCACGACUCGGGCUGCCGGACACAAGUGGAGGUGUUGUUUUUUGUAAGCCUUAAGAGAGCACCACGAACUGAGUUAAGAUAGAAUAAAAAUGGCUGUAACCCACAGUUGCCUGUGUUUGGUGGGGGCUGCUGCGCCAGUGUCGUGCUGCGUCUCCCCAAGCUGCUGCCGGCGCUCCCCGCUGGAUGCCGCUGGGGCUCAUGUGUGUGUGUGUGGGGGGGCCUUGCAUACACCCGUAGUCAUGUGUAGUCCUCCAGUACUCGGUCGGCUCCAGCCUAGCUGCAUGACGACGGAGCUUGGUUCCCGGCCUGAAGUUGUGCAGGCGUUGAGGAACCCCGAUGCCUGUCGACGUGCUGCACUCAUCGGAAGCGGUUGUGAAAUUGAAACAAAGGGCAUAGUGUGACGUAUCUUCGCUGCUCCAGCUUACAAGAGCAGUUGCUCCCCCGUGUUCUUCGGUGCGAAACCCCCCCCAAAGGACCACUCUGUUCUCUGGCCGAAGCACUUUGCAUACCUGUGCAACUUGGGCGACCGUGGCUAUGGAGACGGAAUAAACGACGAGGUUAGAUUUGUACCGAA